AUGGAGCUAGAAUCUCUAAUGACUGGAAGAGGCAAGGAUCCGUGGGGUAUGGGUUAUGCGGGCCCUCUCAGUUCUGGCGCUAAGGCUGUUGCAAGCGCUGUUGCUGCUGCUGCUGGCGCUGGCGCUGGUGGUGUUUUUGCAAUAAGGCCGCGAUCGCCGCUGCAGCAGCGCAAGAGAGUGAUGACAGAGGAUGAUGUGUUGCCUGGGGGCGGGCCUGAGCUGAGAAAGCAGGUAGAGGAGGUGGAGGAGGAGGAGGAGGAGGAGGAGGAGGAGGAGGAGGAGGAGGAGGAGGAGGAGGAGGAGGAGGAGGAGGAGGAGGAGGAGGAGGAGGAGGAGGAGGAGGAGGAGGAGGAGGAGGAGGAGGAGGAGGAGGAGGAGGAAGAGGAAGAGGAAGAGAAGGGGAAAGAGCGGGAGGAAGGGGAGACGGAGUGGGGAUGGAGAGACCAGUUGUGGGGAGAGCUGCUGUGUCAGAAGACAGUAGCUCCCUGCUUGCUUCUGCUGCUGCUGCAGCCGCUGCUGCCUUUGCUGCUUCUGCUGGUGUUGGUGGUCUGA